AAUAAAAUCGUAACAGCAAGUGCGAAAUUCGAAAAGUUGAUAUUUAUCGAGAUAUUUGAUGUUGUUUCAAAAACACACCUGUACGGACAGCGCACCCGCUCCGUUUCGGGUACACAGAAAUCUGUGACGUCACAAAGUGAACACUAUCGAUCUGUAUACGGCCGGCCAUAUUGAUUUUUAUACUCGAAGCGAGAAGAGCAGACUAAAUUCGACACGGCGUUUAAUGUGAUCAGGUUAUGAUUUUAGAACAAUGUCAGAUGUUAUUAAGAAGCGGAGUGUAGGUAAGCGGUGUAUGGUAUAUGGAUGCUCCAAUACGUACGGCGAUGGAGUUGCGCUGCAUUUGUUUCCGCUGGACAGACCCGAGAUGUGCAAGAAAUGGACUAACUUUGUAAAGAAGAAAAGAGACAAGUGGGAUGGACCAACAAAAUACUCGGCUGUUUGUGAAAAACACUUCGAAAUCGGAUCGUAUCCCCAGAAGUAUUCAAUUCUUCAAUCUCUGGGACGAACUCCUCCUAAGAAAAAGAAACUCAACCCCGAUGCCAUCCCAACGAUCCAGGUUGAAUCCCCGGGGCCAGAUGCUGAGCCUGUGCUGUUGACACCGUUAUGUGCAUCAACCCCAAAGUCAAAAACGCCAAGAUCGGCAUUCGUGAAACGGGAAAAUAGACGGAUUAUCAACAAGAUCAUGGAAUGUCCCACAGAUAUAGAGGAACCAUGCUCCAUGGAUACAGACCAAGAGGACACUUUUCCUUCAGUAAUUCAGACCCCAACAGUUAUAAUGAAGGCGGCCACAAAAACCUGUGGAACACAAUUGUCAAUGAAGAAACCAAAUGCAAGAACUGUACGCAUUCAGGUCACACCUCACACAAAGGAAAAGGGAUGCCAGACUCCAAAAUCACAGCCAAAGAUGAAAGACGCAGAAGUCCAAUGUGAUAUUUUGAAGGUGCCAGCAGUAAAAUCUUUAGUUUUACCAUCAGAAGACCUAAACCAGUCUUGGGUUUCUUCAGACCACUGUAUGGACCAUGACGACUCCGACUACCAGCCCUCAGAAUCAGAAGGCUCUGACUAUUUAAAUGAAGACAGGGCUCAAGAACUGGAUGAUGAAAGGAUGUUCAUUGUAAGUGAGAACAGGUUAAUGGACCUAUUCAGAGCUUGUCCACUGUGUUCAUCACCAUCACUGGGAAACAUAACUCAUUCAAUGGGAACAUUGAUCAAAAUUGAACAGGACUGUGGUGUUUGUGGUCACAACAGAGUGUGGAACAGCCAGCCGAUGGUAGGGAGUAUUCCAUUGGGUAACCUAAAAAUGUCCUGUGGGAUCCUUUUCUCUGGGGCAUUACCAGCUAAGACGCUUAGGAUCUUUCAGUUCAUGAACUUGCCAUCAAUAUCAAAGGAGACUUUCAUGAAGCACCAGAAAUCCUACCUACAGCCAGCCAUUGUGGACUUCUGGAGGGAACGUCAGAGGAUGUACCUUGAGGAAGCCCGACGAAAUGGUCGUCCGAUAUGCAUUGGCGGGGAUGGACGAUGUGACACACCAGGUCACUCUGCAAAAUUUGGCAGCUACUCUGUCAUGGAUUUGGACAAAGGACAAGUCAUUGAUGUUCAACUUGUGCAGAGUAAUGAAGUGCAAAGCAGCUGCCACAUGGAGAAGGAGGGACUUUCGCGCAGUAUGGCUUUCCUAAAAAAUUUCAUAGAAAUCGACACCAUUGUCACUGACCGCCACGUCCAAAUACGUAAAUGGGUGAGGGAAAAUAUGACCGACACCAAGCACUGUGUUGAUGUGUGGCAUGUUGCUAAAGGACUAAAGAAGAAAGUAUUAGCUCUUUCAAAGGAGAAGGACUGUGGGGAGCUCAGCAGUUGGAUCAAGAGCAUCACCAAUCAUCUGUACUGGGUUGCUGCAUCUACACCUGAAGCAGAUGCAGAUCUGAUGAUGCAGAAGUGGCGUUCAUUAGAGAACCACAUCCAAAAUAUCCACGAGGGUCAUGGUGAGCUAUUUCCAAAAUGUCUGCAUCCAGAUCUUGCAGGACAGGAAAGGAGGAAGAGAUGGCUGAAGCCAGGAACUAAAAGUUUGGAGAAGUUGCUGCCAAUCCUGGGGAACCGUCAGAUGAAAAUUGACAUCCCCAUGCUUUCCACCAACAAGCAAACCUCAGAAUUGGAAGGUUACCAUUCAGUAAUUAACCAUUUUGUACCAAAAAUGCACGGAUUUUCCUAUUACGGAAUGGUGUGCAGACUUCUACUUGCUGCACUUCAUUUUAAUGAAAAUGGAGGGAGGGACUCUGCUGUCACCAAAGAUGGUGCUACACGGAUUAAUAUUGUUUUCCCCAAACACAAGAAAGGAGACUACACUGUCCGUGAAGUGAAGACAGAGCCAACAUACAGUUACGUUCAUGAGCUGCUACAAAGCACACUGGAAAGGGUGAAAACCACCACCAUGACGAAAUCACAGGACAGCCUUAUGGAUCCGCCUCCUGCAUUAUGCAGUACAUUUUGCCGUCCAUCGAAACAGGAAGCUAUUGCUUCACUACAGUCCCGUUUCUCUUGUGAAUGAAGUCGCUCAUCACCAUAAUUGAAGCCAGUCACUAUUUCUCCUGCAGGACAUGGGAAAGUCUGUCUUAUGACAUGCACUGCACAGGCAGGAAGUGGGACUCGAACAUUCCUCCCAAGAAAACCCCAACACCACCGAACAAGCUGUCUGUAUGCAGUGUACCUAUAUCGCCUAGGAAAAAAA